UACUGCGUUUACGGAGGUACAGUACAUGUACACUAACUCCCGACGGGCUCCAUAAUUCGGAUGGACCCACACUCACCUUCCCCGGUCCCCGGAUCUACUGACGACAAGGGUCAUGUCGAUUAGGUGAUCGCGGACUGAUGGAUAAGGCGGGCUUCCCUAAACAAUCGCGAGGCAAGAAUCCCCCCUCCAUGAUAGCGAUAGAGGAAUUAUAGCCCAACUUGCAGCCAUCGCCAGGAUGGCGUUUGAGCUCCUACCAUUCCUCUCCGGAGUCUUCGGCUGGAUCUACACCUUCUGCUGGUCGUUAUCCUUCUAUCCCCAACCGAUCCUCAACUUCCGCCGUCGCUCAACGUCCGGGACCACGAUAGACUUUCCGCUCAUCAACACUCUUGGCUUCCUCGCCUACCUGGUCUCCAACCUCGCCUUCUACUACUCGCCCCUGAUCCGAGCCCAGUAUGCGGCGCGCAACCGCGGCCACGAGCCGACGGUGCAGUUCAACGACAUCACCUUCGCCGCCCACGCGCUCCUCCUGUCGGUGAUCAUCACGAGCCAGUACUCGCGGCGGCUAUGGGGGUUCACGGCCUCGUCGUCGUCGCCCGGGGUCGCGGGCGGGCGGCGGCCCAGUCGCAUCAUCAUGGGGGUCGGGUGCGGCUGCGUGGCGGGGGUGGCGGCGGUCGUGGUGCUGGUGAUGGCGUCGCCGGGGCGGGACGCCACGGACGGGGCCGGGGCGCAGGGCUGGGUGUGGCUCGACGUCGUGUACGCCGUGUCGUACGUCAAGCUGCUGGUCACGCUGGUCAAGUACACGCCGCAGCUGCUGGUCAACUACCGGAACAGGUCGACGAGGGGUUGGAGCAUCGUGCAGGUCCUGCUCGACUUCACGGGCGGUAUCCUGAGCAUCGCGCAGCUGGCUAUCGACAGCUACCUGCAGGGGGACUGGUCUGGCAUAACGGGGAACCCUGUCAAGCUCGCGCUGGGGAAUGUGUCGAUUAUCUACGACCUGCUCUUCAUGACGCAGCACUACAUCCUGUACCCGGGUGCCGGGGGCAAGGCCGAGGAGAGGGAGCCCAUACUGGGGGGUCGCGAGGACGAAGAGAGGAGGAUCGAUUGAGUCGUCUCUGUCCAGGCGGGGAGGCGUGACGCCAUGGGGCGGCGGACUUGUGGCAUGAUGACGACGAUAUUCCCAUCAUGAGAACCUACCUACCUACCUAUCUUAUGGGCACACGGGUAGUUAUCACGACUGGGAGUCCACGCAUACUGCUGGAAGCAUACGAUGAAACUUCCCGCUCGCAGCUGGCUAAAGCAAGGUCUGCCAGAGCUUGCCGUCCCACGACAAUAUGCCGUGAUCUCGCGGUUCGCUGUACCAGCCCCAGCCCGUUGCAGUCCGUGAAUCGGGCUUCUUCCAUCUCUAUUUAGUGGUCAUCCACAAGUGCAGUCAUUGGGCCCGCGAGAGGUAAGCGAGUACGGUGCCACACAUUCUCCCGCAUCACACAGAUACACACCAACGGGAGCAUGACCA